CAUUGAAGGAGAAGCCCUGGUCAUCAUGCCAGUUCAUGAAUGCUGGCUGUGCUACCCAGCUUCUCGAGGUAGAGCCUCUGUGCAGACUGUCUGGGUGGUACCCACUUGCCCCAACUGUUGCUGGUUUCCAGGUUUUCUCCCUCCAGUCCCCCAGCCACCGUGUUCGCCCCGGGUGCUGCUGAGGGGCCCUCGUGGGGCUGUGCUUCCUGCUUCACAUCCCUCCCAGGCACUCCCCUCCACGUCCCAGACGCCCUGUUCUACUGGCCCCUGUCUCUGCCCUCCGCCCCCUACGCCUGGUAGUAGGCAGGAAAAAAAUACGCAGUCCGAGCUGCCAUACAAAAAAGGCCAACUUCAAAAGCUGCCAACAAUGAAUGGCUCCAAAGAUUCUCCCGGGUCCUAUGACUUCGACCUGAUCAUCAUUGGAGGAGGCUCAGGAGGACUGGCAGCAGCUAAGGAGGCAGCCAGAUUUGACAAGAAGGUGCUGGUCUUGGAUUUCGUCACGCCAACUCCUCUUGGAACUAGAUGGGGUCUCGGAGGAACAUGUGUGAACGUGGGCUGCAUACCUAAAAAACUGAUGCACCAGGCAGCUUUGUUAGGACAAGCUCUGAAGGACUCGCGCAACUAUGGCUGGAAACUCGAAGACACAGUUAAGCAUGACUGGGAGAAAAUGACAGAAUCUGUGCAGAAUCAUAUCGGCUCGCUGAACUGGGGCUACCGAGUAGCUCUCCGGGAAAAAAAGGUCGUCUAUGAGAAUGCUUACGGGAGGUUCAUUGGUCCUCACAAGAUUAUGGCAACAAAUAACAAAGGUAAAGAAAAAAUCUAUUCAGCAGAGCGGUUCCUCAUUGCCACCGGUGAAAGGCCGCGCUACCUGGGCAUCCCUGGAGACAAAGAGUACUGCAUCAGCAGUGACGAUCUUUUCUCCCUGCCUUACUGCCCGGGGAAGACCCUAGUGGUUGGCGCGUCCUAUGUCGCCUUGGAAUGUGCAGGAUUUCUGGCUGGUAUUGGUCUAGAUGUCACUGUAAUGGUGCGGUCCAUUCUCCUUAGAGGAUUUGACCAAGACAUGGCCAACAAAAUCGGUGAACACAUGGAGGAACAUGGCAUCAAGUUUAUAAGGCAGUUCGUUCCAACAAAAAUUGAACAGAUUGAAGCAGGGACACCAGGCCGACUCAAGGUGACUGCUCAGUCCACAAACAGCGAGGAGACCAUGGAAGGCGAAUUUAACACUGUGUUGUUGGCGGUAGGAAGAGAUUCUUGUACGAGAACUAUUGGCUUGGAGACCGUGGGUGUGAAGAUAAACGAAAAGACCGGAAAGAUACCUGUCACGGAUGAAGAGCAGACCAAUGUGCCUUACAUCUAUGCCAUCGGUGACAUUCUGGAGGGGAAGCUGGAGCUGACUCCCGUAGCCAUCCAGGCGGGGAGAUUGCUGGCUCAGAGGCUGUACGGGGGCUCCACUGUCAAAUGUGACUAUGACAAUGUCCCAACGACUGUAUUCACUCCUUUGGAGUAUGGCUGUUGUGGCCUCUCAGAAGAAAAAGCUGUGGAGAAAUUUGGGGAAGAAAAUAUUGAGGUUUACCACAGUUUCUUUUGGCCAUUGGAGUGGACAGUUCCAUCCCGGGAUAACAACAAAUGCUAUGCAAAAAUAAUCUGUAACCUCAAAGACGACGAACGUGUCGUGGGCUUCCAUGUACUGGGUCCAAACGCUGGAGAGGUGACGCAGGGCUUUGCAGCCGCGCUCAAGUGUGGACUGACCAAGCAGCAGCUGGACAGCACCAUCGGUAUCCACCCAGUCUGUGCAGAGAUAUUCACAACGUUGUCGGUGACAAAGCGUUCUGGGGGAGACAUCCUCCAGUCUGGCUGCUGAGGUUAAGCCCCAGUGUGGAUGCUGUUGCCAAGACUACAGACCAUUGCAUUGCUUCCUCGCCCACGCCCAGGUGAAAUUCAGGAAGGCUCUUGGGUCCUAGGCACGAAUCCAAGGUGCUGUCCUAAGGCCACCAGGUCCCUGGGAUCUUGCGUGUAGGAGGUGGCAGGUCAAAUGAGGCUGCAGCGUCGCACUGGGGUUACCAUGACAGACUCAGACUUAACGAUCGGCAGAGCAUCACAGGGAUGCAUCCAUGAAGUCACCAGCCUCAAGCCCAGGUGGUGGGCAGUGACAGAAGAGCCGCCGAUCUGUUGAGCUCCGCCUUUCCCUGUAGAUUGUCUUAGUCUCACUGUCAAGCUAUCGACUGUCAGUUCUGUUUUUCUUUUUUCCUCCAUGGGGUUAAUGAUACUAGAGAUAGGGGAUGCUAGCAAUCAGUUUUUGUCAUGACUGGACCUUCCACAUCAGUCUUGACUGUGUGGAAGGGGGUGAGAUGGGUUAUGAGAGCCAAACCAUUUUAUCCUGCGAAAGACGAGUUACCCUGUGACUGAAAUACACUGUCUUUACUAACCUGCAUUGUGUCCUUUAAUAAGUCUGAUGUCCUGCGUCACUGUCGCUGCUUAGGGAGGAGGUGGCGGCUCGGCUGAUCUGCUUGCACUGUGUUUCAUGGCUCUUGGGUAGCAUGGAGAGCGACCAGCUACAAAUGUCUCUCCUGGUACAGUUGCCGUCUGUUGGUCUAAGUGCGCUGAGACGGUUCUCAGUGGAAAAUGCUUAAUCUGCUUUAACCUUCUUGGUUUUGUGAGGUGGGUUUAGUUUUAAGCUUGUGUUCCAUAAGAACUGCAUUUACAGGCAAGUAGCUCUUUUUACACACAGCAUAUACGUCUUCUGAGGUAAUGACUUUCAUAACAUAAGUUAUUAUUAUUAUCGAACACAGGUGGAUGUGAAGGAUUUUUUAUUGAAAAACCAGAUUUUUUUUUUUUUUUUUCUGUUCAGUGAGCCCACAGGAACUCUGGUGGGACAGCCAGUGCUCGGCCGGCGUUGCUGCUGGGCGUUUACAGUGUAGUUUAGCUUCUAGGUUACGUGACCGUGAACACACUGGCUGAGGACUAUACAAACCAGGUUUCCCAUCGCACACAGCCAUCGGGCCACCCGCCCUGGUCCCAUAGCUCCUUUUUUUACCCUCCCCUCUGCCUGUUGUCACCUGCAGUGCUGUAUGGUGUUUCACAGCACCCUUCCGGGCCACCUCAGGGAAUGGGUUUGCUUGGUGUCUAGCCAGCAGCACCUACCCUGUCCCACGAGGCUCCCUCACAUCCCCCGUCCAUGUGUUGAAGACAGUGGGAAGAGAGAAAGGACCAAGGGAACCAAGAGAGUUGACUGUUGAGUUUUAUUUAUUUAUUUUUUUUUUAGUUUUUUUGUUUUCUCCCAUCUGCUAGUCUCUGAGAUCAGAACAGUGUAGGGUAACCGACUAAUCAUGUGAUCCUCUUAGUGGAAUGAAUUGUUCUGUCCCCACGAGAAGGAGUAUACGUCAUUGUUUAUAUAGUCUGUAAUCGCACAAUGUACUGUAAUGCAAAUUCCAAUUCCAUGUAUUUUUAUUACAAUUUUUCUGGAAAAAAAUGUGAACCAAUAAAAGGUGUUGACACACACGUGUGCCUUCUGACUGA